AUGACUCAGGAGUGGCCGCAUCGACGACCUGCGUUGCAACCGGUUCGGCUGGCUCUGCAGCAACCUCGUUUCGCGGCGAGGCGAUCCACUCCUCAACACCGUCAAACUCAGCAGCGCCAUUCAUCGGGCGCGGAGAAGGACACCAAUCGUCGUGUUCCUGCCACAACUGUACCCGCUACAAUACCAUCCGCUAUAGUCACACCCGCUGCAGUCACACCUUCUACAGUCACACCCAGUGUUCCAACCACAUCUGUACCAACUACAACUCCACCGACUACAGUCACACCCACUGCAAGUGCCAAGCAUCCGUCCAUCUCCACGCAUGUGCUCGACGUGACUCGAGGCAGACCCGCUGCCGGCAUCAAAGUGCUGCUGGAGAAACAGAUACAAGCCCGAAAGGGGAGCAAAGAGGUCGAGAGUGAAACUGGUGGGAGUGGUGAGAGUGGUGGUGUGCGGUUGGGAUGGGAGCGAGUGGGAGAAGGGGUGACGAAUGCGGAUGGCAGGGCUGCUGGGUUGCUUGCAGGUGGAGGGGUGGGGGCUGGGAUUUAUCGACUGAGCUUUGCAACUGGGGAGUAUCUUGGGCUAAUGCAUGGCACAAGAGUGGCUGGAAACGCACAAGUUAGCAAUGGCAAUGGUGGUGGGUUCUUCCCGAGUGUGUCUAUAGUGUUCCAAGUGCUGCCAGAGCAAGAGAGGGAGCAUUUUCACGUGCCGCUGCUGCUCUCCCCCUUCUCCUACUCCACCUACCGAGGCAGCUGA